AUUCAACCUAGCGCUUUCAACUCCGACAAGAGGAGCAAGAUCACAAGCAAAUUCACAGUCCUCCAGAUGGCUUCGCAAGCAGAUUACAAGGAUCGCCAGUUCCUGGCUGUUAUUGGUGAUGAAGACUCCGUAACUGGUCUUCUUCUUGCAGGAAUCGGCCAUGUAACCACAGGUGCCGAUGCCCAGAAGAACUUCCUUGUUGUUGACGGCAAGACCGACACAUCUGCCAUCGAGGCUGCAUUCGACCGAUUUACUGAGGACCGCAAGGACAUUGGCAUCGUGCUCAUUAACCAACACAUCGCGGAGCGAAUCCGACACCGUAUCGAUACCUACACCGCGGCUUUCCCUGCUGUCCUGGAGAUUCCAAGCAAAGAUCACCCCUACGACCCUGAGAAGGAUAGUGUGUUGAGACGAGUGCGACGCCUGUUUGGAGAGUAAACCUACGAUUUUAUCGGCGCAUGGGCUUGUUUUGGGGUAAUGAAGCGAACAUAGCAUAGGUGCGGCGAUCAGCCUAGCCGUAUAUGACUCGCGAGUCAGUAUUGUGUUUUUUAUCGACUUGUUCACGUUGUGCAGGACUGUAGGGCGACCUAUGCUUAUACAGUGGGAUGAGGUGGAGUACAACGCGAUGGACUCGUUUAUCAAGUAUGCUAAAUAGAUUCGAAAGCCGCUGCAGUAUGCUCUACUUGAGCUAUAAAUUCACCCAAAAACC